AUGAGUUAUAAUAGAGAGAUGAACGAACCGGAUUUACAAAAUUCUCAAGAUAUUGAGUACCUCGCUUUUCUUGAGCGAAUUUCUCAACAAGCUCAACAAUUAGAAGCCCAAGAAUUAGAUUUAAUCAAGACUAAAGAAGAAGAAGACCCAACAACUUAUCCACCUGAUGUUCAACGUAUUCGUUCUGAUUUGCUCGAAGCGAGUUCUCAACUUCGUUAUAUUUCUGAAGGAGAAGAACCAUAUGAAUUUGUAUUUAUUCCAAAUGACGAGAUCAAUUGUUUACCAGAAACAAGUACAGAAUUUUCCAAUCUAGUACAACAAAGUAAUGCUAACAUUAUGACAGAAGAUGAAAAAGGAACAGUAAAAGAAGAGGAACCACGCGUAUUGACAUUUCAAGAAUUUUUUGAAAAAUUUACAGGAGCAAUUGCAGAAGAUCCUUAUGGACAAAAAGAGGGAUAUAAAGAAUUACAAAAAAUUGUUGAAGCAAUAUUUGGAGGUAAAGAAAAUGUUAAGAUAUAUAAAGUUGGAGUAUAUCGUAGAAUUGGAGUUUAUAUUGUAGGAUUAAUAAAAGGAGUUGGAAUUACAGGAUUGAAGACAUUUAGUAUUGAAACAUAA